GUCAAAUUGUUAUUUCCAUAAUUUUUAUAACAGCUCAUACGCAUGGGGAUUUAUCUUGGAACACACAACUUUUAUUAAAUUCAGUAAGAACAUUUGGUUUAAAAGGACCAAUUGGGGAGUUUAAAGAUGUAAAAAUAGUAGAUUUUCCUAUGGAGCAAAUGAUUAAAUUUAGUAUAUUGCCUGGCAUACAAUACAUGCGGGAACACAAUGCUUUUAUUGAAAUGCAAAAUCAACUUUAUACAAUCAAUAAGUAUUACGAGAAAAUAAAAAUGCAUGCCAAUAAUUAUGAUUUUGCAACUUUGGACCUAGCAAAAGAAAUAUUGGGACUUAAGGGUUUCGGUGGUAUUUCAGAAAAUAUAAUACAACUGACGUCUGUUUUAUUCGACAAUAGAAACUUUCUGAAAAUUAUUGCCAGAAAAUCCGAUGAAGAACUAAGAUGCGUUUAUGUAACAUCCCCGCAACAAGUGUUUGUUGAUAUAUUAAACAUUUUGGAUAAUGCCGAAGGUCAAGCAUAUUUUGCUAUAUACUAUUCUUACAAAAUACUUUCGAAAGCGAAGCUAUAUAAUGAAUACGAUUCUUUAGUAGAAUUGAGGAGGUAUAGAAGAGAAAUGCUUAAAAGAUUCGAGUUAUCAAAACAUAAAUUUUCAGAAAUUGCUAAAAUGAAAUCUAAGGAAUAUCGUGCUUGCGAUCCGUCUUUCUACAAAGAAGGGAUAAACUAUGAGCAAAUUACAAAACUGUUACAAGGAUCUUUGGAAUAUGAAAUGAACCUGGAUCAUAAUACAUGUUUCAAAACGUGUUCCGAUUAUAAGUAUGUUUCACACAGAAUCCAAAACAAAUAUGACUGCAAGGGGGCAUUACACGAUUGCACGUUUAUUGAUGCUGACAUGAAUGUUUGCAAUUCUAAUGAAAAGAGUGUUAGAAAAUAUCAAGUAAUAGAAUAUAAAGAUGGGACUAUUCUGGGUAACAAAACCGAAUGCGAAAAUGAGUGGAAAAACGUAAAAAGCAAGUGGACAUGGUUAGGGCAUUGCACAUAUUGUAUGUGUUACUGUGAGGAUCAUACUGAUUCGGAUCGGUAUUGGAACAUUCGGGAGGUUAAUUCUGAUAUAAUGAGUAAUCGUGUUGUGACUGGGGUACGAUUUGUUAAACAUAACCGAAUAAUUCAUCUUCAAAUACAGCAAGGACAAUUAUUGAAGAACGGCAGAAUCAAUAUAAAUUCCUUAGAAUGGAAGCCUGUUGAAGAUUAUUCAGUCACCGAUUCGCACAAAUCAAAAGAUCUGGACUAUUUUAAACUUCAUUAUAAUAGAAGAUCAAUAGAUCUGGAUGAUUUGCAUGUGGAUAAAGGAUAUGUGGUUACAGGAGUCAGAUUUCGAUUAGAUGACAUGAAACGACGACUAAAGCUUGAAAUUGGAAUGACACCUUAUAAUGCCAGUAUUGGAUUAUUGACAAGAAAUAUACAGAAAUGGCAACAUAAUUCUCGGAGAGCUGAGAAGCGAAUAAAUUUAAAAAAUUCGGAUUUGCCGACAAAAUCGUUUCACUCAACAAAGCUAUCUGGAUCAAACGAGUAUAUUACUUUCACACAUUCAGAUUUACAUAAAGAUGUGGCACAGUCGACUAUACCCUUCAUAGAUUCUCAAGCAGUAGCACCAAGAAAUCCCACGCCACUGGCUGGAAUUGGAAUAUUUCAUAAAAGAGAGGAAGGAUUUGGUGGAUUUAUUGCUCCUAAAGUAUUUACAUUUAAUAUUGACGACUUUUGAAUGUAUACUGAAAAUAAUUUAAAUCAAACACGCUUUAAACAAUAAAACUUUAAUGCAUUCUAUAAUGUAUUUUUGUA